AUGAAAGUAGGUCUGGUCGGUUGGCGCGGGAUGGUUGGUUCUGUCCUUAUGCAACGUAUGGUUGAAGAGAAUGAUUUUGCUCAUUUUGAGCCAUUCUAUUUCUCUACCAGUAACGCAGGUGGUGAAUCGCCUGCUUUUGGUGGUAAAACUGCUCCAGCACUUAUGGAAGCGACGGACAUUACCAGUCUGAAGCAAAUGGAUGUCAUUAUUACCUGUCAAGGUGGCGACUAUACAUCAGAAGUCUUUCCUCAGCUAAAAGCUGAAGGUUGGAAAGGCUAUUGGAUCGAUGCAGCUUCUACAUUACGUAUGGAUGAUGAAGCAAUUAUUGUACUCGACCCAGUCAACUUAAAUGUUAUCAAAGACGGUUUGGUCAAUGGUAUUAAAACAUUUGUUGGUGGUAACUGUACGGUUUCUUUGAUGUUGAUGGGCAUGGGUUCACUGUUCCAACACAAUUUGGUGGAAUGGAUGACGGCGAUGACGUAUCAAGCCGCUUCAGGUGCUGGCGCGCAAAACAUGCGUGAGCUGAUCACAGACAUCGACAGCCGAAUUGCCGAAUUACAACGUGGCGAAGCUUUCCCGAAAGCAAACUUCGGUGUGCCUUUAGCAGGUUCGUUGAUCCCUUAUAUUGAUAAGCAACUUGAAAGCGGUCAAUCUAAAGAAGAGUGGAAAGGUCAAGUUGAAACCAACAAGAUCUUAGAUGUUCCGCUUGAUGAGAUUGAAGACAUGAUUCGUCAGUCUAACCAAUGGGCAAAAGUGGUUCCAAAUACACGUGAUGCAUCAAUGACGGAUCUUACUCCAGUCGCUGUAACAGGAACUCUAUCUGUGCCAGUAGGUCGUUUACGUAAAUUAAAUAUGGGUAAAGAGUAUUUAGGCGCAUUCACUGUAGGUGACCAAUUACUUUGGGGUGCUGCUGAGCCUUUACGUCCCAUCAUGACGUCGCAAGCGGUGAGUGCGAUUACAAUAGACCCGAUCCAAGUUCAGUCAGGCAACGUCCCUGCUCCAAUGAGCAAUGCCUUAGUCAAAGAAAAGCCUCUGACACCUCAAAUCAUCGUCAGCGAAAAAGAUAUUGCAUUAAAUUUACCAACCAGCACGCAAUACCACGUGACAACGCCAGAAGUCGUAACUCCACCAGCUAUGGCGACCAAAGCAACGACGACAACGGAUUCAGCUGCUACAACCAAUACUCCAAACCAUCUUCAAAGCAAUCAUCAAAGCAGUGCUCAGAAUACGCCACAAACAACGGCGGUAACUGUACAACAAGUGCCUCAGCCACCAGCCGAAAAAGCACCAGUGCAAUCUGCAAAAGCUCAGACCCCACCCGCUAAAUUAGACGAGCAAAAAGCAGAAUCACAAAAGCCAAAAGAUUCCAAAGCUGAGACCAAGCAAGCAAAAUCGAAUGAGUCUCGUGUAGAGAAAUCGAAAGCAGAGUCACAAAAAGUGCUUAAACAGGAAAAAGCCAAUAAAGCAUUAGAUAAACAACCUAAACAUAUUGUUCAGGCCAAUGAAUCACUGUGGAAAAUUGCAUCUCGGAUUGCAGCAGAAACCAAUCAAAGCAUUCCAGAAGUGAUGAGACAAAUUAAAGCAAAUAAUGCCAAUGCGUUUAUUCAAGGUGAUGUAAACCGUAUUCGUCGUGGCGCUGCACUCAAUCUAGCAGCCAGCUAUCGUCAAAUACCACAAAGCAAAAAUAAAGUUGCAACGGCUGCACCUGAAAUUGCCAAAAAGCAAUCGGGUUCUGCCAAAUAUCGCUUAGAUCAAGCAGAAAUGAGUUUAGUCGCAGACAAUGAUCAACCCGCUGCUCAGAAUGUGCAUCUGGCACAAAAAGAUGAAUUUGCAGUGAAUCAGUUGAUUAAUCAUAUUCGUUCAUUGGGCUUAGACGAAAUCGUCAUUCAAGCCGAAGAACGACGAAAAGCCAAUCAAGCUGAUCACCCAGUUGAAUCGAUUGCUUUUGAGCCAUCAAGCCCUGUCGUGCCAGAAAGCAAAAAUACAGCUGCCUUUGAUGCCUUGAUUGGAAAUACAGAAACAAUUUCACAACCCGCUGUAUCUAAAACCGAAACGCAAAAUCUGGCACAAGUCGAUGCGCUAGAAUUCGAUCAUUCAACGCUUGUUGAGCAGAAAGUUGAGACACCGCAACAACCUGUUCAGCCUUCACGUUUACAGCAAAUGAACCUGCAGCAGUUCCAGUUGAAAAAGCAGCAGAAGUUGAGAUCGCACCAGAAUUCAAACUCGAUUUUGCUGAACCGAUUACACCAGUAG